AACUUCGAUAGGAAGAGGCAACUCUCUGAAUCGCAGACAGAAACAAUGAACAAUUCAGACAGCAGAAUAAAUCCUAGACAACUGGGAACUCCCAGAGGUAUUAAAGCAGAGUGAGGAUCCUAUGCUGCUGUCCCAACAUCAGGUGAUAGAAAGAAUCGAAAUAAACCCGCUCGAGGGAGGAAGAAGAGUAUAUUUGAAGCCUACAUGUCAAAAGAAGAUGUUUCAGCAGGACUGAAAAGGGGAGAGCUAAUUCAGGGACCCUUGAGAAUAAAUCCUAAGAAGUACCAUGAAGCCUUCAUUCCAUCUCCAGAUGGGACUCGCGAUAUCUUUAUUGAUGGAGUGGUUGCUCGCAACAGAGCCCUGAAUGGUGACAUCGUGGUAGUGAAACUGCUUCCAAAGGAGCAAUGGAAGGUAAUAAAGCCAGAUGGUAGUGACAAAGAAACAGAAGCCACACAUGAAUCAGAUGUCCCCGAGGAUAUGUUGGGGACUUGCGUUCCUCGAGAGACAGCAAAAGGCGAUGCUAAAAGUCCGGAUGUCAUUAUAGAAGCUCAGUUUGAUGAUAAUGCUGCAGAGCAUGGACAAGACCACUUGCAAGAUACGUGGGCUGAUGACAUUAAGAGACUUUCCCUGGAUACCAGUGAGAAGGGCAAGGAGGAAGGCAAUAGCAUCCUGGUGCUACUGAAGCCUGCAAUGGAAGUUAAUGUUGGGAAAGCUUCUUAUGCUGUUCUUCUCUAUUACAAGCUCAGGUCAAUGAAGGCUGUUGGGAUCGGUGGUGUGCACAGAACAAAGCAAGAUGAUGGACCUAAGGUGAAUGAUCCCAGGCUCCUCCCAGAUAUGUUUCUUCAAAGGACAGCCAAGGUGGUCUAUAUUUUGGAAAAGAAACAUUCCCGAGCAGCUACAGGCUUUAUCAAGCUUCUGGCAGACAAGAACAGUGAACUCUUCAGGAGGUGUGCCAUGUUCUCACCUGUGGACCACAGAGUGCCCAGGGCCUACGUGUCCUUGGCUGAUUGCCCUCCAGACUUUGUGACCAGGCCUGAGGACUAUUCAAAUAUGCUCUUCAUCUGUCGCAUAGUGGACUGGAAAGAAGACAGCAACUUUGCAACAGGGCAGUUGGCCAAAAGUCUUGGGCAGGCUGGGGAGAUUGAGCCGGAAACGGAAGGGAUCCUGACGGAGUACGGUGUGGAUUUCUCUGACUUUUCCCCCGAAGCCCUGGAAUGUCUUCCCCAGAGCCUACCCUGGGUUAUCUCACCGGGAGAGAUGGCCAAAAGAAGAGAUUUAAGGAAAGAAUGCAUUUUCACCAUCGACCCAUCAACUGCCAAGGAUCUUGAUGAUGCUUUGUCCUGUAAACAACUCCCUGACGGGAACUUCGAAGUGGGUGUUCACAUCGCGGAUGUCAGCUACUUUGUACUGGAAGAAACAGCACUGGAUAAAGUAGCGAGUGAAAGAGCAACUAGUGUCUAUCUAGUGCAAAAGGUGAUCCCGAUGCUUCCCAAGCUGCUCUGUGAGGAGUUAUGCAGUCUCAAUCCCAUGCGAGAUAGACUGACGUUCUCUGUGAUGUGGAAGGUGACUCCAGAAGGCAAGAUCCUUGAUGAAUGGUUUGGGCGGACGGUCAUCUGCUCCUGCGUGAAGCUAAGCUAUGACCAUGCACAGAGUAUGAUUGAAAGCCCCGGGAAGGUGUUCUCACCUGAAGAACUUCCCCCUGUCUCCCCUCAGCACUCAAUAGCUGAGAUCCAGCAAGCUGUGCUGAACCUGCAUCGAAUUGCCCAGCACCUCCGCAAACAGCGCUUCAUUGACGGUGCUCUGCGCUUAGACCAGCUGAAGCUCUCGUUUACCUUGGACCAGGAGAGCGGGAUGCCUCAAGGCUGUUAUAUCUAUCAGUACCGGGAUAGCAACAAGCUGGUGGAAGAGUUCAUGCUGCUCGCGAACAUGGCCGUGGCCCAUCAGAUCUACCGCUCCUUCCCUGAACAGGCCCUGCUUCGCCGCCACCCUCCACCCCAAACCAAGCUGCUGAAAGACCUCAUGGAGUUUUGCAACCAAGUUGGCCUCGACAUUGACUUCAGCAGCGCGGGGACCCUACAUAAAAGCUUAAAUGAAACAUUUGGUGCUGACAAAUACUCUGAAGCCAGGAAAGAAGUGCUGACCAACAUGUUCUCCAGGCCCAUGCAGAUGGCUCUCUACUUCUGCACCGGCGUCCUGAAGGAUGAGACCCUCUUUCGCCACUACGCCCUGAACGUGCCCUUCUACACACACUUCACCUCGCCCAUCCGCCGCUACGCAGACAUCAUAGUGCACCGUCUCCUCUCUGCCUCACUUGGUGCCAGCUCCCCCAUCAAGAUGGAGAAAGAGGCCAUCCAGAGACAGGCAGAUCACUGCAACGACCGGAAAAUGGCUUCCAAGAGGGUGCAGGAGCUCAGUGCUGACCUCUUCUUUGCCAUCUUUGUCAGGGAGUGUGGUCCUCUGGAGUCAGAGGCCAUGGUGAUGGGUGUCCUGAACGAGGCCUUUGAUGUCCUGGUGCUGAAGUUUGGAGUCCAGAAGCGCAUCUACUGCAAUGCACUGCCGUUGCUGGGAUUCCACUUCCAGAAGGUAGGGAGGAAACCAGAGCUGACACUCAUGUGGGAGCCAGAGAAGCUGGAGCAGGAGUCUGUGCCCCAGGUGAUCACCAUUUUCACGCUGGUGGAGGUCGUGUUGACAUCGGACGGCGUCCCGCUCAAGUACAGCGCCCUGCUCAAGAGACCGAGCUCGGAGAAGUGAGCGCCCCGGGCUGCGCAUGCUCCCUGCUGCCGACGGUCGCUCACCUCCCAGGCCCCACAAUGGCACCUGCUGGGGACAGAGGGGACCCACGAGGAGUUUGCAGUUUUGAGUUUUAAAACCGAUGCCGUUUUAUUUCUGGUUUGGAUUGGAUUUUAACUCUGGAUGGGAGUGGGGCUCAGGGCUUGAGCCUG